GCUGAGGUGGCCUGGGCAGUGGGCACGAUGUCCGCGGCUGGUGUUACCGGUCUCUUAUUCUUCUCUUCUUUCUUUUACUAUUUCAAAGUUUAACGGAAUGAACGGCCGCUGCAAAUUUCCGAGUAUAAUACUUGUUGCGGACGCUUAAGGCUUGUUGAUUUAAAGGUUAUGUAAUUUAUUUACUCGUAUUGGCCAACAGAAUGGUAGCAGUGCUGUUGUCCGCAUUCCAUGUAAUGUCGCAUGACGAAUAUUCGGUUUAAAAUUUAAAAACCAUCCUAACGUACUCCGAGACAUGCGUCUGGACAUUGCGCGGUGGUGCUUGUUGGUCUUGUGGACUGUUGUUCAGUUCGAGUGUUCACUGUGCACUGAUUACAACAGUCUGUUAGAAGAAGAAGAAACAUUGGCCGGCAGUUCUGUACUCAACACGUUGCCCCGAUAUAUUUUGUAUGAUGUCAACAAGCCUGAAGGAUUUAAUUUACGUCGUGAUGUGUUCAUACGAAUGGCAUCUUUUAUACUUCAUAUGAAUAAAGUGUCCGACUAUCAUUGGAUUUUGGUAUUGCCACCAUGGCAUCGUUUGUAUCAUUGGAGAUCAUCAAAUCUUGUGCAAGACUGUCUUCCGUGGAGUCUAUUUUUUAAUAUAGAUUCCAUUAAAAAAAUUAUUCCAGUUGUUGAAUUACAUGAAUUUUUUCAAAUAAACGGAUUAAGACCUUUGGAUGUCCAAGUUACAUUACAAGAUUUUAAUUUGAAAUCACUAGAACAAUAUUCAGACUUUUCAGACAAGUGGGAAGUAGCCAAUUGCAAAGGUCAAGUUCAAAAAGAAUUUUGGAAUCUAAAUAACCUAACAUUUACUAAAUCAUUAUGUAUAUCAUUCCAAGGAAUUUCCACUCUUCUAGCUGAUAUUGUUGAGAAUUUACAACCAAGAACUAUUAUAUUUGACCAUGCAGAAUUAGCAUUACACAAUUAUUAUGGUGGAAAAGAGUAUUGGAUGAUUAGGAAAAGUAUGCAAUUUAGUAACAACCUGCAUGAAAUUGCUAAGGAGUUUAAGAAAAAAAAUUUAAAACAAGAUUAUUUGUGUGCACAUUUGCGCCGCAGAGAUUUCUUAUAUGGCCAUCCUAGUGAUGUACCUAGUAUCAACAAUACAGCUAGACAGAUAAUAGAGAAAUUAAGUUUAUUAAAUAAUAUUAGAACAGUUUAUAUAGCUACUGACACUUCAAAAAAAGAAUUUAAAGAACUUUAUAAUUAUUUGCAACCUUAUGAAGUAUUUAAAUUUGAAGCUGAUGAGGAAACCUUGAACAAUUAUUUAGAUGGCGGGGUAGCAAUAAUUGAUCAAAUAAUAUGUUCUCAAGCAAACUAUUUUAUUGGAACAUCCAAAUCCACAUUUUCAUUCCGAAUUCAAGAGGAGAGAGAAAUUCUUAGACUGCCAUCAGAAACUACAUUCAAUAGUUUUUGUGGAGACAACAUUGUUAAAUGUACACAACCAACAAAGUGGAGACUUGUAGAAUAACAAUAGUUAUAUUUU